CUAACAGAUUACUUAAAAUUAAUAUAUCUAUCAACAUCAAUAUAAGCUACAAGCCAGUACAUAAUUUUCAAAAAAUAUAAUGCAUUUCUAUCCAUUAUUGAUGUUUUUAUUAUUACUUUUAGUACAUGAAAUUGAUGUACAAUUCUUAAGUCAAGAUCUAUUAAAGGGAACUAGAGGUCACGCUGCAUGGCAAAGAUGUUACACGUGUGUUAAUGCUACGCAUGUUAAGUAUGGAAGAUGCAUGGCAAUGUUCGACACAUGCAAAAAGAAUAUACCAUACGAAAAGGUUGAUCAUAAAGAAUGUAAACAAGGGCCUUAUUAUUGCUGCUAUGAAAAUUAUUAUAGGCCUAAUGAGAUUCCUGUAAAAAGAAAUCAAAACCCAUAUCCUUCAGACUUGUGCAAAUAAUAAGGCUGGUUCCGACAUUCUCAAAGUAGUGGAUAUUAUUAUUGGCAUAAAACUUUUCUCGGAAAGAUCAUCCACAUUGAUCAAUUGAUUUUGCAGUUGACUAUUGUUUAAAGUAUUUUAUGCAACCAAAAAUUGUAGUGCAAGUUACUGCAAACUAUAUGAAACAUGAAUUUUAUAAUUUACAACAAAAUCAA